UUCAUUCAGUCGACUUUGUGGCGUGCGUGCGGUUAGUUUAUUUUAGCUCGUGUUCAGAGUGGUCAAAAUAUAUUUUUUUUAUCAUCUGCCUGUUCAUUUUUUCAUCUGUUCCUUCCUCUUCGGGAAUAAGUUUCCGAAAAAAAAGAGAAUUAUUAUUUAGUGAUAACAACGGGUGUUUAGCGUUAAUGAUGAAUAGAUUUAAAUUAAUUAUCCUAUUAAUAUUGUCAAUAAUUGCUGAUGAGUGCCUCUGUGACAGCACAAAAAAUGACAGAACUCAGGAGAAUCAAAUUAAUGAAAAUAAGCAGCAAUCACAAACAUCAACAGUUGACAAUAAAACUGAAAUAGCAAAUCAAAUAGCUUUAGGUGUAUUAAAUUUAUCGCAACAACUAACAGCAAAAGUGCUGUCGUCAAGCUCAAAUAAUUUUGAAGUGAUGUCGCCAAUUAGUAUAGGAUCUGCAUUGCAGCUUGUACUUCUUGGGGCGAAAGGAAAGACAUUUGAUGAGAUUAGAAAUACCAUGAAUUAUGGUAAUUAUACAUCAAAAGACAUCAAUGAAGAAUUUGCUGAAAUUAUAAAAGAUUUAAAAUUAAAUUCCGUAAAUCCAAAAAGAAAGAUUGCAAAGUGGAGAGAGCAGGCAAGUCAGCAAUAUAUAGAACAUUCGUUAAGGCGUCAAGAUAAAAAUGUAAAUUACACUCAGCAUAAGAUUGAAGUUGCUAAUGGAAUAUUCGUUCAAAGUGAUAUAUCCAUUCGACAAGAAUAUAAGGAUGUCGUUGAGAGACUUUAUGGAAGCCAUAUUGAGUCAUUGAAUUUUAAGAACGAACCUGGAAAGGCAUCACAAAUUAUUAAUGCAUGGGUUAGCGAAAAUACUCAUGGAAGAAUCAGCGAGAUUGUCCCGAAAGUGAUGAAUCCAAACACAAAGAUUGUUCUUGCUAAUGCUCUCUAUUUCAAAGCUGAAUGGCAGCAGACAUUUUUUGAAGGUGCCACGGGAAUGAAGCCAUUUUAUCCACAUGGGAGAGGCGGUAAAUCAAUUACGGUUGAUUUGAUGGCACAAGGAGGACAUUUUCCACAUUUUCGUGAUGCUGAACUUAAUGUGGAAAUUUUGGGUUUUCCUUACAAGCAGAAUUGCACGACAAUGUAUGUCAUUCUUCCAUCAGAAUCAUCGACAGAGCGUUUAAAGGAAGUCCAAAAGGAAUUAACUGCCGAGAAGAUUGAGAACUUGAUUGAUCAAAUGACAGUAAAGACAGCAGUAAUUCUGUUUCCAAAAAUGCACUUAAAGUCUGGCUAUCAUCUAAGAUCAGACUUACAAGAUUUGGGCGUCAAGUCGCUAUUUGAGGAGAGUGAGAGUGAUUUAUCUCUAAUGUCCAGUGAGAAUUGUGCCAAAAUGAGGGAAGGAUGUGGACAUAAAAUUACAUUUCGUGAUCCACUCAGUUCAUUUCCAAGAAUUAAGCGCGAAGUUACAUACAAAGUAGGAAGUGAAGCUAAAGACUCAGCGUAUCCAUUAAAUAUGAAAGACUUUUUCAAUCGUAAGCGAAUCGUCAAAAAAAGUCAUGGAAAGAAGUCCAAAAAGACUAAGCGAGAAGUCAAGAGAAUGUCAGCGCUUGACCGAUUGGAAUAUUUAAGAAAUCAACAGUUAACAAAUCCACAGGUGUUUGCAGACGAUGUUAUACAUAAAGUUGAUCUUAAUAUCAAUGAGAAAGGAACUGAAGGCGGUGCAUCAACAGCAGUAACACUCAACAGAUCCGGAACGAACGUAGUUUUUCGAGUAGAUGUGCCAUUUAUGUUCCUAAUCCGUCAUGAUACAACAAAAAUUCCAUUAUUCUACGGUGUUGUCUUCGAGCCGCCAGCUGCGAAUGACUCAAAAUAAAUUUUAAGAAUUUAAAAAAAGGAGAAUUUUGUUUUCUUUUUCCUAAAGUGAUACUUUUAAUUGAUUAAUAUAUUUUUAGAGACAAAUUCGUGUUUUUUUUAUAAAUAAAAAAUAAUUUUUCUACAAAAAAUUGGAAAUAAAAGAAAAGUGUAAAAA